AUGUCUCUGGCUCGCCAAUUCCUUCGCACCUGCCGGGCAGGCCAAAAUACUCUCCCCACUGUUUCUCGAGUCCCCAUCAAUCACUUCUCGACCACCCGUGCAAACCGCCUUCACAAUACCGACCAAAAAAACCGCAUCCCGGAAAAAGAAGUCCCCGUCACAGACUACGAUGCUGGUCACAGCUCUGCUCAUAAGCGCACCCUCCCCGUCAACCACAGCACGCUUCGCGACACAUCGUCAAUGUGGCCAGACGCCGAGGCCGUGGACCCUCUCACCCGUGAUGUGUACGAGCAGAUGCCCAAGACCAUGCGCAAUAUGAGUCUAUUCGGCAAGACUGUCAUCAUCACCGGUGGAGCUCGUGGCCUGGGCAACCACAUGGCUCGCGCUUGUGCCGAAGCCGGUGCUAAGAACCUGGUCAUCUUCGAUGCGAACCAGGAGCUCGGUGACGAGGCUGCCGCUGAGCUUCACGACAAGACUGGCCUCCCCAUCUCCUUCUACCGCGUUGACGUACGGGAUGCAGGCGCCAUUACCGCUUCUGUAGAGGCUUGUGUGGAGAAGUACGGAGUCCCCGAUGUGCUGAUCAACUCUGCCGGUAUCGCCGACUCCAACAUCAAGGCGGAGACUUACGAUGUUGCCAUGUUCCGCCGUCUGAUUGACAUCAACCUCACGGGCUCCUUCCUCAUGUCCCAGGCGGUGGGCCGGACGAUGAUUGCGGCUGGAAAGCCGGGUAGCAUCAUCCUGGUAGCUUCCAUGUCCGGCACCAUUGUCAACUACCCUCAAGAGCAGAGCUGCUACAAUGCCUCCAAGGCCGGUGUCAUCCAAUUGGCCAAGUCACUCGCGGCGGAGUGGGCCAAGAAUGAGAUCCGAGUCAACUGUAUCUCUCCCGGAUACAUGGACACUGCCUUGAACCGGGUGCCCGCCCUGGAAGCGCAAAAGAAGAUCUGGAAGUCCUUGACUCCCCAGAACCGCCUGGGGAAUGUUGAUGAGCUCAACGGUCUCUGUGUGUUCCUGGGCUCGGACUCAUCCAAGUUCAUGACGGGUGCCAACUGCAUCAUUGACGGUGGAUACACCUGCUACUGA